AUGGCAGUCUUGCAUGUAAAAGGGCCUGUGGUGGUGGUUAUCUAUCAGGCGGGAAGCGCCAAGCCUAUCACGCGGGAAAGACCCCUAACCAACCACCAACUUACCUUCCAACCAAGCCCUUCGAUCCCGGCAGCUGCAGGGUAUAUAAUCUCGGUCCUCCCCUUACUUUGAAGCCUACAGCUCCACAAUUCGUUUUCAGCGAUGGCAAGAAUCCAAAAGAUACAGUUUUUUCUUUUUCUUGUCUUUUUUCUGCUUUUUCAUGGCAUCGAAGCUACGCGAGGGAAAGCGAUGCUGCCCACUUUGCCGCAAAAGGGGGGGGCGGCUUUCUUCUUCCCCAAAAUGACAGUUCCACCAUCAGGGCCCAGCAUGCAGCAGAAUUCUGUGGAGAGGCGCGCGUAUUUCAUUCCAGCGGCAAUAAAAAAUGCAGCUUGUGGGGAUCGUCAAGAACAAACUUAG